AUGUUGAUUGCGUGUGUGUACAAGGAUUUGCAUGACCUACUUCUGACGGAUCAAGCCUUAAGGAUUGAAACAGACAACCAUAGGUGCCGUUAUUUUCAUAUUACACCAUGUCGUUUACCUCCAAAAAUACAUAUCACGGAAACACAUAAGAUCUAAGUUCAACUAAACUGAACUGAUGAACUUUCCAAAAACCCUAACUAGGGUUGGAAGACUCCCUGCUUGUCUCUAACCAUUCCACUUCAUGAAAAAUUGGCUUGAAUCUACAAAAAAUAUGUAAUAUUGCUUCCUUGGUUCUGGUCCAUUUUCAAAUACAGUUUCUUCAUAGGUAUAUCAACUCCAGGAUAAUGGCUGUUACUAUGGACCCCAAGCCAGAGACAUUGCAAGAAAAUGUCAUUCUAAAGUUCAAAAACCUAAAGGUAACAUGAAAAUUAGUUGUUAUAAGUUGUUUUGAUUUAUUCUGACGAGAUAAAAUCCAUUUUCAGAUCUUGACAGCGGAGAAGCGCUGUACGUUUUGGAGUGGCCUCAACAAAAGGUAAAAAAACUGCAAUAUGUUAUUGUAUUGUAUUUAUUUCUUCUUAAUUUAAAUUAAGUAUGGGGGAGAGUGAAUGAACUUUCUCAGAUUUUUUCGCGCAGAUGAACACUUUCCUGGAAGCCAAUAUGUUGUCGUUUUUUAGAGAGAGGAAGUCUGAUUGAAAUGUUCUCGUAGCUAUGACUACAAUGGAAGAAAAUCUUAGCGCAAAAUUGUCAAUCACCUCUUCCCCAAACUAUGAAAAUUUUUUAACUUUACUUUUUUUUCAUGUCCGACAGCUUUUUAGAGGAAGGAUGCUAUGUAGUUACAUCAAAAAGCAAUUCAGACGAAACAAUCUGCAGCUGCAAUCAUUUGACGCAUUUUGCCGUCUUAAUGGACUACGACAGUAGCAAAAAGAUAAAAUUAUUUUUGCCUUACUCAAUAAUUUUAUGGGCUCAAUGAACUAACUUAAUAUUGUCAUUAAAUUUUUCUUUUUUUGACACAGCUCACCGAGGAGGACGAAACAAUUCUGAAAAUUAUCACCUACGCGGGACUGAGCCUUUCCAUCGUCGGGAUACUUUUAACAUUAAUACUUUAUUCUUUGCUCACGUAAGUAAUGUACCUGAAUAAUAAUGAGGUAGAUUCUUAACUCUCCUUAACACGGCUGGAGAGAAGAGAGAUCUCAAUGCAACUCUCCACGCAAACAAAAACAUGCAUGUUAGAUAAUUCACCAAUUCAAGCUACAUUUCAUGUCCCAUCACGAACGUUUGACCAAAUCAUGUCUUCAGUAUAUUGCUGUUAUUGUCGUUUUUGCUUUUGUCUAAUUCGUUACUUUCUUUUUUUUUACUAUUAUUUCAUCAGAGUUCUUUGUCAACCUCUCUUUUAAAUUCGACUGAGUGUUUCUGCGUCCCUUGGAGCUGGACAGAUCAUCUUCCUCGCCGGAAGGACUCGCCAGUGGCCUCUCCUUCUGUCUAUGGAAUGAGUUUACUCUUUGCACCGUUAAGAAGUAUACGAAAACUCUUUCUUUUCACAGGCUGCCUGUGUUACAAUAGCAGCUCUGAUGCAGUAUUUCUCGAUGGCCGCUUUCUGUUAG